CGUCGCGUAGCGCAACGUAACUGUCUUCUGUGAAUACAGUGUGCGUACAUGCGUUGCGCGAUUUUCGCAGGCGUUGGUGCAGUACUGUCGGGGCUGGCGUAACUGGCUAGCUAGCUGAUCCCUUGAAAUGGACGUAUUCCUAAUGAUCCGGCGUCACAAGACGACAAUCUUCACAGACGCCAAGGAAUGCACCACUGUGUAUGAGCUGAAGCGGAUUGUUGAAGGAAUACUUAAAAGACCUCCUGAGGACCAGCGGCUCUACAAAGAUGAUCAGUUGCUAGAGGACAGCAAAACUCUGGGGGAUUGUGGAUUCACCAACCAGACUGCCAGACCUCAAGCACCAGCUACAGUUGGUCUGGCCUUUCGUGUAAAUGAUGAGAUGUUUGAGCAGCUGCACAUCGAGGCCUUCUCCAGCCCCCCAGAACUCCCUGACGUGAUGAAACCUCAGGACUCUGGUAGCACUGCCAACGAGCAGGCGGUACAGUGAUAGUGAUGGAGGGAAGAGGCUAACGACGGAGGGAAGGAUGGGAGUGGGUGUGUGUGGAUUCACUGGAGCGAAGAAGUAAUUUAAUUUAAUGAAUGCGGACAUUAUAGGUAACCAAGCCUGCCCACGUUACCUUCAUGCCAUCACAUCAGCAUCCCACCUCCGCCCCCUCGCCAAAUUACUUCAUAAUGUCUUUCUUUUUAUCUCUGGUUUCCACACCAUGUGCAGCCCUGCUCCUUGAAUUUACUCUAAAGCAUCAACCGUCACAACAUUUGGAGUAAGAUUGAUGGUUUGGAAAGUAUGAGUGUAUGUAACCGCGUGUCUUUGAGUUGUUAUAAUUAUUAUCGUUAGCAUUUUGGAAAAGUUGGAGGCAUAGUUGUCACAGUGCUGUAGAUGUAAAAUGCUCGGGUAUGAUUUCAGUAUUUGAAUCAGAAAACUGCAUGAACCUCAAAGCAAAAGGUUUGAGACCGACCACUGAGUUGUUUACUAGGUCUGAUCCUCACAGUUUUUUACUCCUCAUUACCAAUUUGACACAUCUAGAAACAAGUUUGUUUAAUUAGUAUGUAUGAGUCGUCAGUCAGCUGUGUUUCUUGCACUGAGACCAAAGGCAGGCAAGCAGAGGGAUGUAUUUGGUUAAAGCACAUUUGCUCUGUGACAUACAGUAAACACCGAAUGAGAACUUUCCUGUGUUCUACUUUAAUUUUUUUAUAUGCUUACAUAAUGUCACUAACAUUAUUCUGGCACCUUCUAACCCCAGGCACACAAACGAAGCUUGUAACUGUGAGCUCGCUUAAUUAAAAAGUUUUUCCUG